AAAAGGGAGGCGACCGCUCAAAUACAAUGAUCUCUGCAGCUGCCAGCGACAAUCCGAAGGCCGACUAUCUCCAGUACGAAACCCGCUGCUGCCCCGCUGACUCCCCCGCCUCAUCGUCCCCUGAAGCCGGCCAGCUGAGCCGAAGGCGGGACACUCAGACAACCAGCGGCUGCAGCAUCAACAACCCGGAGGAGAGCGGCGGCGGCGGCAGCAGCAUCCAGCCUCUGGUCUCCUCCUCCUCCUGCAUCAUGACAUCGGGGGAGUUUAUGCAGAGUGCGCCGCUGCUGGCGCACAGAUCCAAGAGGAGCCUGAUGUACAAAGCGCUCUGCUUCCUGCUGCUGGUCUUCCAGGGCGGCGUCCUGGACUUCUACCUCAUCAUCUUCACGGACCUGUACUGGUGCUCGUGGAUCGCCACGGACCUGGUGGUGAUCUCCGGCUGGGGGAUUUUCUUCAUGAAGAACGCGCGGAGCAAGAGGGAGCGGGCCUGCGGCUUCCACCAGAAGAGCUCCAUCUUCGGCUGCAACCUGGGCGAGUUCACCUACGCCUACCUGGCCUGGCUCAUCUACGUCAUUGCCUGCACCCCGAAGGUGGUGCUCGUCCUGGAGACCUCCAUUCUGGACCUGGUGGCGCUCAAGGUCCCGUGCGGCGCCACCGGCUUCAAGAUCGUGGUGCUGCUCUCAGCGCCGCUGCUCUUCUGCCUCAUCAACUCCAUCAUCGAGGACGCGAACGGCGCGACGCGGCACCACUCCCACAGCUGCUUCACCAGCACCUGCCUGGACCUGCUGGACAGCUUCACGCUGCUGGAGAUGCUGCUGAGGAACGAGAUCCCCACGCUGUACCUGAAGUACACCGUCAUCUCCGUGUACUUCGUGGCGCUGGCCGUGCCGGUCAUCUGGCUCUACGAGCUGACCGUGUCCGAGCUGCGCUGCCGCUGGCUGUGGGCGCGCUUCUCCACGGGCCUGCUGGUCAACGCGCCGCUGCUGGUGGUCAGGUGUUUCCAGGUGUACGUCUACAAGAUGCCGGUGUCCGUGUUCAUGUUCAAGAACAUCUUCUUCCUCGCGUGCACGCUGCUGGAGCUGCUGGAGCAGUGCGCGGCCGUGCGCGGGGUGCGGCGGCUGACCGGAGGCGGAAACCCGGCCCAGUUCUCCCACUGCGUGUCCGAGAACGACAUGUGUCCGCACGGAUACGUCAACACCCUGGCCGUCACCCAGUCCUAGGAGCGCCACUGGUGCGUCCUGACAGACAGCUGGAAAUUGGAAAAUAAUCCAGAUUAGGCUCAAUGUAUAACCCCUGCUCGGCUUCAUUUGGAUGAGUGAGGUACUUAACAUUCACUCUGACAACAGGCUGAAUUCAAACUAAAUCCCCAGGUGACAUUGGCUUCAUUUGGACGAGCGAAGACCCCGAAACACAGACGGCAACAAACCCAAAUGUGAGGUAUUUAGACGGCAACUUCCUCCCACUAGUGUAGGAGAAUGCGUCUCACACUGUGUGCAAAAAUAGAAACAAACCAUAAUAAUACAUUAAACCUCAGUACUGUGCAAACAGCUUAGGGCCACCAGUAGAUUUGUGGUUUCAGCAAAGUAUUUAGCGUAACCUCCAGCAAGUGAUUCAGAAAAACAGUUUUAUAUUAUAAAAAAAAAACAUUUCUUCUGGGAAGCAUCUGAUUGGGAAGGGUUUUUAUCUUUCAGCAUCAUGACAACAAUCACUAGAACACUGCUGCUGAUGCAGGGAAAUCUGACCUUCGCAGAGUCCAGACGUGAAUAUAAGGACGUCUAGGAAAUGCUACUUAAAAACAAACAUCUUCCUUUAAUGUCCGGUGUGAUGCUAAUGAAGAGACAGAAAAAUAAACAUUCAUUUGAAACUGUGAACUUUUGCACAGUACUUUAUAUACCCAUGUACCUGUGAUGGUGAGUUGAUAUUUUUGCUCACACAUUGUGGUGGUUUAACUUGUUAAAAGCGCUAUAGAAAAUGCACAUUUAAGUGUUUAUUUUACUUGUUUAUUUCUACUUUUUCCCCCUCAUAAUCUGAGUAUUUACAUGACCUAAAACCUUCAAGUCUUUAUUGGAAGUGUAUGCAAACUGGAUUGUUCGGUUCAGUUCACCUGUGGCAUACAAGGGACAUUCCUUUGUUUUAAUCCCGGAAACUAGUCCCUUUAAAUCCACACUGCAGUUUCCUUAAUUCCAUGUGGCAGGUGUUAACUGAAUCACAUCCACCUCCAUCGUUUUAGGACAACAUUAGACAACUCAGAAUCCAUCCUUUAAUCCUCCAGCUCUGUCUUUCAGUUAUUGCUUUAAACUUGUACAAAUGCUCUCCAGGAGCUGUUUGUUUGGACCAAAUCCUCAGAGAAAGUAUCUUUCUUUUCGGCGUUGUCGAAAAAGCCGCAUCUUACACACCCGCACACUGUUAGCUGCGAGAACUCUCAUAGCUAACUCGUCGUUUUGAGGUUUGGGUUAGUUGCAGCCCUACUACAGUACAAAGCCAUCUUGGGGCAGUUUCCUGCCAGUUAAUCCCAGCAUGAUCACCUGUGUGUGUUGAACGGUGGACUAACGGAAAUGCCUCCGAUACUGCC